AAGCAUAACAACCCAAAAAUCUCUGUCUGUUGAUCUCAUUUUUCGCUCUACAUUUUCUUCGUGAUGAGUUUGUGUUCAGAUUCUUAUCUCCGUUCUACGUAGUCGAGGGAUCUUUGAUAGCGGGCUCUCGUCAUUUUUCUCGGAGUUAGAAUAACCGGCGAGGCAUAUCAAUUGGAUUUUUGAUCAUGGCUAGUAGAGACAGAUCAUUCAAGUCUGAAGAUGACCAAAGUGUGGAGACCUUGGCAGAAGUCUUCAAAUGUUUCAUCUGCAUGGAGAAGCUUCGAGAUGCACAUUUGUGUCCUCACUGCUCGAAACUGUGCUGCUAUUUAUGCAUCCGACGUUGGCUGAUGGAGCAGCAACAACAGCAGUGUCCUCAUUGCCGCGCAAGUCUUCUUCUAAGCGAGUUGGUGAAUUGUAGAUGGGUUGAAGAAGUCACCCAACAGCUUGACACGUUACAAGCAGUCUCCAGUGCCGCCUCAAACAAAGGAGAGUCGGAGUGUGAUAGGUGCCCGUUACAUCAAGAAAAACUAUCGGUUUAUUGUUGGACGUGUAGGAAGUGCAUCUGCCACCAGUGUGCUCUCUGGGGAGGUCACCAUUCAGGGCACACAUUCAAACCCCUCGAUGAAGUUUACGAACAACACUAUUCACAAAUAAAGGAAGAAGUUGUUCAACUCAAACGGAGACAUUCAGAACUCAUAAGUCUAGUCCAGGAGGUGAAUCGCAAUGUGGAUUCUGUACGAGUCGCAAAGGAUGAAAGAGUUCGUGAAAUCAGAAAUGCAGUGGAGCUAAUGAUAGCAAGAUUAGAUUCUCAGCUGAAGAAUAAACUGUUAACCUUGAUGGGCCAGAAAAAUGUACUAUCAGCAGAGACAGAGCAGCUUGAAGCACUGCUUCUUGAAAUAGAGCACCAGUUGUAUUCGCGCUCUAAAUCAGAGCUCAUCAAUCAGUCAAGUGAAUUCUCCCAAACGAUCCACCAGAUACGAAAAAAACCUAUGGCCAGCUUCGUUACUGCUCCUGUUCCUGCUGACUUUCAGAGUGAAAUUGUUCCAUGUUACGAUAGUUGCACUUUCAUCAUGCAGCAGUUCACGGAAUUACAACAUAAAGCUGAUCCAGUUUAUUCAAAUCCUCUCUAUGUUAACGGUCUCUGUUGGCGCCUGAAGGUCUAUCCAGAUGGAAAUGGUGUAGUGCGUAGCAAAUACCUGUCAGUUUUUUUGGAACUCAGCGCUGGAUUACCAGAAACUUCCAAGUACGAAUACCAGGUAGAAAUGAUACACCAAGGCUCCAGUGACGCCAGUAAAAACAUUGUCCGAGAGUUUGCCUCAGAUUUUGAAAUCGGUGAAUGUUGGGGCUAUAAUCGUUUUUUCCGAUUGGAUUUAUUGGCUAGUGAAGGAUACUUGAAUGUUGAGCACGAUACACUGAUUUUAAGGUUUCAAGUUCGUCCUCCUACAUUUUUCCAAAAAUGUCGUGACCAGCAGUGGUACAUCCAACAGCUUUUGGCCAUAAAAAGCAUGCAAGCUCAGCAAAUAAAUGAACUGAAAGCUCGUUUGGUGAUUGACUCUUCUCGUAACAUGAUGAAUGCUGUAAAAGGUAGCUCUUCAAAUUCUACAAGCAACAAUAAUAACUACAUUGUGACCGGUGAAGCUGGAUUGGACUCUCCAUCUGGCUCCGCCUACUCUGUACGCUUAGCAGAACCUCCAGUUUCGUCUCCCAGAUCAUGCGAGACCGCUCAAGUCGCUUCCAAAACAUCAACAAAACCAGCAUCUUGGGAAAAUGACAGUAUUGUACCGAUUCUGAAUGCCUGCGCCCCCCUCAAAAGUCCUACGAAAAUUCGACCUCUCACUGCCUCUGUCUCAUCGCCAGAACUUUUUAUAAACUCUCUUCGACUAGCCAGUCCAACAUUUAGUGAUAGUGAGGAGUUUGCUGGGUUCUUCAGUGACAAUGAAGGUUCUCAGGAAGAAAACGCCAACAACAACUGCCAAUCCCCUGUCAGACAUUCCUUGGAAGAAAACUUCAAUGAUGAAAAUGAUGUUGAUGAUGAAACGAUGUCAGGCGAUAAUGAUGUUGAGUGUCCUCCUCCAAAAAGGAAUCCGGACAAAAGUGGAAGUGAAGAGUGCGCCACUAAAUUAGCAGAUGAGUUGAUGUUAAUGCAGUUGUUGUAUGAGAUUCAAGAAAGAAGUGAUGAUGGUUUCCAAGAUGAUGCUUCGAAGUUUUUGUCAGAUCAAGCCUCAAAAAGAGGUCCUUAUGAUAACCUACUUUUUUCACAGCUUAUGCAGAGUUCUGAGCCUGGGCGAACCAAAGGCAGACGGCUUGUACCAGUGCCUGAUGACUUUUCAGAUUUGGAAAGUCCUUCCGUGUCACCCUCUGGCAUCAAGAAAGAGACGGACCAAUCCGUACUUUAUUAUUCAACAGCUCUAAUCAAUUCCUUGAAAAACCGUAAAACAAGUUACUCAGAUGAUGAAGGCAUACCUCAGUCACAAUCUCAUUCUAAGGUGCAACCCCAUGCUAAGCCCUUGCCUCGACCGAGAAGGAGGUAUCAUUCGAAAUCCCGAUCUCCCUCUUUAUCGCCGAACAGAGUAUUCAAUAGCGAAACUUGGCGAAGUCUGUUACUCUUACGAGAUUCUGGGGAGUCAAGAGUACCACAAAGUAAACUCCUUGAAUAUCUGUCCAAAAACAAGGAGGUUGACGCAAGUGGAAUCAGCUCUCAAGCUGUUGAUAAGAAAAAAAAUAAGCUACGAAUGAGGAGUGAUCAGGACCUAGAUACUCCUGAAAAGGACAACUCAGCCAGUCGUGGUUGCAGUUCCUCUGGAAAUUGAAGGACUACCACAAAGUAUUAAUAUUUAAAAGGUCUACACCAUGUAUUUCCUGAAUUUGUAUUCUUCCUCUUCAAUGACGCAGCACUGAGUUGGUAAAAGAGAUUGUAACAUAUGGAGUUUUCUUUCUCAACAAGUUCUUCCUUGCGGAAUAAUUUUUGGUCCUGAUAAUCAUAUUUGAUCUUUUUCAAAUAGGUAUAUGUUAGAAUUUUCACCCUCCAAGACUGUUUUUUGUUGUUCAUGUUUAUCCUGGUACAGGGUAUUUUUAGUUUUAUAGGAGACUCCUUUAGUCAACAUUUCUAGGAGUUGAGUCCAAGUGCAAUACGUUAGCCGUUUAAAAAAUUUGAAGCAUGAGUCCAUGGAUUUAGAUAGCAAAAAUAUCUGUUGAGCUCCAAAAGAAAAUCAGCAAAUCUGUUGAACUGUAUUUGAUGUAACGUUUCAUAUUCUCUAGUGAACUUGCUUUGAUGGAACUAAUUUUGAACUUCGAUUGAAAUAAUGUACCAAUCUAACCAAGUCAGUUUGACAUACUAUUUUCAAGUUAGUUUAGAAUGUUUUAAUAUAUAAAAAAGUAAAGAUUUUUUUUUUUUUACUUUGCUUGAGCUCGCCUUGAAUGCACUAAAGCAUCAUUCGGCCUCAAAGUCUGACUUACAGAUGAACACACAAAGGUAGCACACUUUAUCACCCACCAUAUCAAAAGCUUAGUACAUAUUCCAUGUAGAAUAGGUUCAACUCUCAUUACCUUUUGUAUUGUCGUGUACAUUCUAAGAUUUGAUAUUGUUCUCCUCAAUUUGACGAAACGAUCUCACCAACAUAUUAAGUAUAGUCAUAUGUAACUGGGUUUAGUAUUUUGCGGAAAAGUGUGGGUUGGUUGCUCUUCUUACUGAAUCGUACUUUAGCUGAUGACCCUAGAGGUUAGCAAAAAGUAAUGAGAAUGGUUAAGAUGUUCAAGCUCUUGCGCCAAAUAUGUAUUGACACACUGCCCUUUUAAGAAUGCCAAAGAUGAUGUCAUUCCCUGCAUUAGUAUCUUUUCCAGUUUUUUCUGUGAUUGCUCUAUCUGUGAAUGCAUGCUUACAUCAUGUAUCAAUGCAGGGUUGCCGGCAGUGUGGAAAACUGGGAAAGUUAAGGAAUUUGUGAGAAAAGUAAGGGAAUUUUAGUCUUUUCCAAUAGAUUAUCGCAUAUAUUAUAACUCGGAUAUUUACCCAGAUCCCGGAUGAGAUUGUUAACUUCUGCUCUCUUAAAUUCACAAUAUCUGUAAAAUUAUCUUCACUUCUGUUUUAAUAGAUGCGUUGAGGAACUCAACUGAGCCCUAAAAUGGCAAAUACACACAGUGUUCUCAAUAUUUAUUUGAAUUUUAUAGCUAAAGAAACAUCUGAUAUCGAAAGAGUAAAAACAAAAUGAAAUCUUUUAAGUCGUUGAAAUGUUUAUGGCGCUUCAACAGAAAUGCAUGGAAUGCUAGAUCUCGAUAUUCGCGUUUAUUCAAUUUUAUUCAGUUUAACUGGUGGAGGAAAUUUUAAAAUUAAAGACUCUUUCUUUUCAAAUGGCAUCAAUUUCUUUUUCUUUUUUUUUAUUUUAUUCAUAACUUCGAGACACUGAAGCAAUUCAGAAAUUUUGCCAUGAAGGAAGCGCCAAAAUCGUCAGAAACAUUUGGCGUCUUGGAAAUUUGAAAUUUAUCUGCCUCUUCGCCUCAAUAACUGACCUCAUUAGGCCGCAUCACACAAUGACCUAAAAGUUGAUUUCCACAAUGUGUCUAUUGUUAUUAAUAUUAAUAUAUAUCUAUUGUUUAGUUGAAGCUUGAUCUCAUUUGUAAUGAUUUUUGUUUCAAAACUAUGAUACAUAUCUCCGAUGGAUUCAAUUUGAAUCAUUAAGUAAAGUAUUGUGUAGCCGAUAAUUCACUGGAACUAUCUUAAGAUACAUUAUACUGGUUUUCAAGUUUUGUCGA